ACUGCUCAGUGCCAGAGGUGUCACUACAGACCCUGGUUCGACUCCAGGCUGUAUCACAAGCCGUGAUUUGCAGUCCCAUAGGGCGGUGCACAAUUGGCCCAGCGUCGUCCGGGUUAGGUGGUCAUUGUAAACAAGAAUUUGUUUUUAAACUGACUUGCCUGGUUAAAUAAAGGUUAAAAAAAUGAACUUGGAGUUUAGGUUGUCAUAUUGGCAAUGAGUUUACCCCCACCUGGUGACCAAUAAAAUAAUUACCCGGAAGUGUGGUCUAAGUUCAAAGUUCGUAACGUGCGUGUUACCAAUGCCUGCGUUUUCUCAAAAAAACAAAACAAAACACUGGACACAAUGGCAGACUUUGGAGUUGAGGAGCUUAAGCGGCUUGAAUACCUGUCUUUGGUGUCCAAAGUGUGUACAGAACUUGACAACCAUCUUGGUAUAUGCGAGAAAGAUCUUGCUGAGUUUGUCAUCUGCCUUGCUGAAAAGCAACCAACAUUUGAUGGCUUCAAAUCACUUCUGCUGAAAAAUGGAGCAGACUUCACAGAUUCUCUCAUCAGCAAUUUGCUCAGACUUAUUCAAACUAUGCGGCCGUCAAAAGCAUCUACGAGCAAAGCCUCUGAGCCUGUGGUCAAACAGAAGAGUGAGAAGGACAAACUGAAGGAGAUGUUUCCUGGAUUGUGCAGGCCGGACAAUCCAGCUCCCAUUCCGCUAGAAGACGAUGAUGUGAGGGUAGCAGAUGCUGCCAUGAAAGAAUUGGAAAUGUUCAUGCCCAGUGUUAGUGGAACACAGUCAACGAGCAGGUUGGACAACAAAAGGCAGCGAAGCAGAAGUCGGAGCCAAGACAGAGACAGGAAGAGACGCUCACGCUCUCCGUCUUGCGACCGUGAGAGGGACAGAGACUUCAAACGUGGUCGGAAACGUGUUUCCCGCUGGAGUGAUCGCAGUCCGAGCCCCUCCAGGGAUCGAGACAUUGAGGUUGGUUCUGACCGCUGUAAGGACAAACACAUGGACCGGCCCCCACCAGAAGAGCCUGCUGUAGGGGACAUAUUCAACGGCAAAGUCACCAGCAUCCUGCAGUUUGGCUGCUUCGUGCAACUGGAGGGACUGAGGAAACGCUGGGAGGGGUUGGUGCACAUCUCUGAGCUACGCAAAGAGGGACGUGUUGCCAAUGUGGCUGAUGUGGUCCAGAAAGGUCAACGAGUCAAGAUCAAGGUGCUCUCCUUUACUGGCUCCAAGACCAGUCUCAGCAUGAAGGAUGUAGACCAGGAAACAGGGGAGGACCUGAACCCGAACAGGAGGAGGAACCAAGGCCCUGAUGGUGGGGAGGAGAAAAUCAUGAGGAACCCCGACCGCCCAACCAACCUCAACCUAGGCCACGCCCCUGAGUUGGAGGAUGACACACUGGAACGCAAGAGACUGACCAAGAUAUCUGACCUUGAGAAGUGGGAGAUCAACCAGAUGAUUGCUGCUAAUGUUCUUUCUAAAGAGGAGUUCCCCGACUUUGACGAGGAAACGGGUAUCCUCCCAAAAAUUGAUGAUGAAGAAGAUCAGGACCUGGAGAUUGAGCUGGUGGAGGAGGAGCCUCCGUUCCUGAGAGGACACACUAAACAGAGUAUGGACAUGAGCCCUGUCAAGAUUGUUAAGAAUCCAGAUGGCUCGCUGUCCCAGGCAGCCAUGAUGCAGAGUGCUUUGGCUAAGGAGAGGAGGGAGGUGAAGCAGGCUCAGCGAAUGGCUGAGAUGGACUGCAUACCUAUUGGCCUCAACAAGCACUGGGUAGACCCCCUGCCUGACUUUGAUGGAAGGCAGAUUGCAGCCAACAUGAGAGGAAUCGGCAUGAUGCCAGACGGCGUCCCGGAGUGGAAGAAACAUGCCUUUGGAGGCAACCAGGCCUCUUAUGGCAAGAAGACAGUGCUUUCCAUCCUGGAGCAGAGAGAGAGCCUGCCCAUCUUCAAGCUCAAAGAGCAGCUCAUACAGGCUGUCCACGAUAAUCAGAUCCUGAUUGUGGUUGGAGAGACUGGCUCUGGGAAAACUACCCAGAUCACCCAGUACCUGGCCGAGGCGGGCUACUCCGCUCGGGGGAAGAUCGGCUGCACUCAGCCCCGUCGUGUGGCAGCCAUGUCCGUGGCCAAGAGAGUCUCUGAAGAGUACGGUUGCUGUCUGGGCCAGGAGGUGGGCUACACCAUCCGUUUUGAGGACUGCACCAGCCCUGAGACGGUGAUCAAGUACAUGACACAUGGUAUGCUGCAGAGGGAAUGUCUGAUAGAUCCGGACAUGGGUCAGUACACCAUCAUCAUGUUGGACGAGGCCCACGAGAGGACCAUCCAUACUGAUGUGCUCUUUGGUCUGCUCAAGAAGACAGUGAAAAAACGCCCAGACAUGAAGCUGAUUGUGUCCUCAGCGACACUAGAUGCCGUCAAGUUCUCCCAGUACUUCUUCGAGGCGCCCAUCUUUACCAUCCCAGGACGCGCUUUCCCAGUGGAGGUGCUCUACUGCAAAGAGCCUGAGACGGACUACCUGGAUGCCAGUCUCAUCACCGUCAUGCAGAUCCACCUGACCGAGCCUCCAGGUGAUGUCCUGGUGUUUCUGACGGGUCAGGAGGAGAUUGACACCGCUUGUGAGAUCUUGUAUGAACGGAUGAAGUCUCUGGGACCUGAAGUGCCUGAACUCAUCAUUCUACCUGUCUACUCUGCGCUGCCAAGCGAGAUGCAGACCCGUAUCUUUGACCCUGCUCCCCCCGGCAGCAGAAAGGUAAUCAUUGCCACUAACAUUGCUGAGACGUCUCUGACUAUUGAUGGGAUUUACUAUGUGGUGGACCCAGGCUUUGUGAAGCAGAAUGUCUACAAUUCCAAGACUGGCGUCGACCAAUUAGUGGUGACCCCCAUAUCACAGGCCCAAGCCAAGCAGCGUUCUGGUAGGGCUGGAAGAACGGGCCCUGGGAAAUGCUACCGGCUAUUUACAGAGAGAGCCUACAGAGACGAGAUGCUCACCAGCAAUGUGCCUGAAAUCCAGAGAACAAACCUGGCCAGUACCAUGCUGUCUCUCAAGGCCAUGGGCAUCAAUGACCUGCUAUCGUUUGAUUUCAUGGACGCUCCACCCAUGGAGACCAUGAUCACAGCCAUGGAGCAGCUCUACACUUUAGGGGCUCUGGAUGAUGAGGGGUUGCUCACUCGCCUUGGACGCAGGAUGGCAGAGUUCCCUCUGGAGCCCAUGCUGUGUAAGAUGCUGAUCAUGUCCGUCCACCUGGGCUGCAGUGAGGAGAUGCUCACCAUCGUCUCCAUGCUGUCUGUGCAGAACGUCUUCUACAGGCCCAAGGACAAGCAGCAGAUGGCUGACCAGAAGAAGGCUAAGUUUCACCAGGCCGAGGGAGACCACCUUACUCUGCUGGCUGUCUAUAACUCCUGGAAGAACAACAAGUUCUCCAACCCCUGGUGCUUCGAGAACUUCAUCCAGGCCCGUUCCUUGCGCAGAGCCCAGGAUAUCCGCAAACAGAUGCUGGGUAUCAUGGACAGGCAUAAACUGGACAUGGUGUCUUGUGGCAAGGCCACAGUGCGCAUACAGAAGGCCAUCUGCAGUGGUUUCUUCCGGAACGCAGCCAAAAAGGAUCCCCAGGAGGGCUACCGUACCCUCAUUGACCAGCAGGUGGUGUACAUCCACCCCUCCAGUUCCCUGUUCAACCGCCAGCCUGAGUGGUUAGUGUACCAUGAGUUGGUGCUGACCACUAAGGAGUACAUGAGGGAGGUGACCACCAUUGACCCACGCUGGCUGGUAGAGUUCUCGCCGGCCUUUUUCAAAGUGGCAGAUCCCACGCGUCUCAGCAAACAGAAGAAGAUGCAGCGCCUCGAGCCCCUCUACAACCGUUACGAAGAGCCCAACGCUUGGAGAAUCUCCCGUGCCUUUCGCAGGAAGUAGAGGUGUAUCCCUAUACCCCUUACACACAGGCUCACACCACAGCAGGAGAGAGAGGGAGACUGUCCUUGACAACUGGUUGAGAAAUACCCCCGUCCAUUGUUCCUUGCUGUGUUCCUUCCGAGUCAUUUGGCUUCAUGGUCAAUGUCAGUUAACUUACCUCCCAUCAGACAGUUAAUCAUAUAUUACCAAAACGUUUUUUUUGUCCAAUGUAUAAAUUAUCUCAAAACAGAACAUUACGGAUUCCCUCAAAGAAAAUGACCAUUAAGUGAUUAGGAAGGAGACUGGACACUUUAAGUGGGCAGUAAUCUGAUCAGUCAGUGGAAGUCUGUUUGUUUAUGAGGACACAAUGCUCAGAGUCCAUUUAGUCUAGAGGUCUCAUGUAAUAUAGUUUAUAUCUAGGGAAAUGGAUCGGACUUUGAUUGUGGUCAACAAUUACCAGAUCUGUGGUUUUAUUAAGAUGACGGAAAUGUAAGCGAACUGAAAUGAGUGAUAUCUAAAUGACCAUAUUUUUCCAUAUUAAAUAUUGGAUGGUCUCAUG